AUGGUUUUUGGACGUAAACGAUCAGCCCAGGAAUAUCCUUGUAAGGGUGGCUUUCCAGCUAUAUGCGCGAAACUCGUUAGCUUACCCCAUGAGAUGACAGAUGAAGAUGGCGUAAUCGUAAAGUCAAUCAUUGUUCCAGUUGCUGUCUUAAAUCUUGUUUGGGCUUAUAAUAGAAGGGCAUAUUUAACGGCCGCUUUGAAAAAACGUACUAUGAAGGGCUCUUUUGCUCAGGAUUCAUUAAUAAUUCAGCGUAUUAAAUGGACUACUUGCAAGGCCGAUAUCACUCAGUUAGGAAAAAGGCCCUACUCACAUUACUCUUCUUUUCCAUCCAGGGAAGUUGCGCCAAAUUCUCGUGACAUCGGCAGUAAGAGUUACGACAACUAA